AUGCAAGGCGAUUGGAAUCCAGAAACGUGGGAUGGCAAUAUAUAUAACUCGGAUAGUGAUGACGACAUCUGGGAAGAUGAUGAAGGGGACGGAGAAGCGCUAAAGGAUAAUAAUGACACUCGUUCAAUUAUAGACGCGAGACCGGUCGUGCAAAAUAAAGCAAAAGGGCACCCUGGUGGACAGCACAGGGUAACACGAACCGUACGCGAUUUUACACAAUCAGAGUUUCUAGACCUCGGCAAACAAUAUAGACAGAAGCCAGGCGAGAACUUAAUGCAGUGGAUUUUACGUAUGUGGGAUGAAGGGGGUGAUAGUUGUCAAUUGACAGAUACAGAGAUCAAACAUUUAGGCUCUAUAACCACGAAUCCGAAGUUAAGAAAUGUUUUACGAGGGGGACAGCAUCAAGCGGUUGUAUCAAUAGUAGAAUGGGUUGUAAAUGCCGUGAAACACGCAUAUCCAGACGCGAGAGACGCGGAAGAUAUUGAUAGAUCGUGGCGUACAGCUUCUGAAGCAAUUCAGCAGCUGCGAGAAAUGGGUGUGCAGGCAGCUAUUUAUAAAGUUGCACCAGGAGGUGCGUUUACUGGCCCAGAUAAUGAAGCCUUCACUGCUGGCAUGCGAAACCGUUUAAUAAAAAAUGCACCGCAUCAUUUAAAAGGGGCUCUAUUAUCUAUGCUCGCCGGAGUUAAUCAACAGACAGUAUGGGAUGUGGCCGCAUUAUUGGGCCAGUUAGAUGAAUUGGGAGCAACGGUAUCGGCUGGGCAAAAACCAGUUAGAGCUAUAGCAGGGCAUACAAUACAAAGAGUAAGCCGUUCAAAAAUGGUGCGUGAUCUGAUAGAAGCAGGAAUAAAGAAAAUAGAAAUCGAUGGUAAACCAACAGGGGAAAUUUUUCAGAAAUGGCAAGCUAUGCGAAAGUCUAAAAAAGACGAAGGCAGGAUCCCUCCAACCGCACCGCCUAGUGAGGAGGAAACAAAAUACUCGAACAUAAACCAAACGCUUUUUAACUUUCGAAUGAGUGGCGUACACGCGUCCGACAUAUUGAGGAGACGGCAGGUCUCCUGCAGGCGGGGAGAUAUCCAGGCGAAACUAAUCACAGUACACUUAGCAAUAGGAAAGUCACCCUCUUUUAAGGCUAAGGUGCUUGUCUCAGAAUUGCCUGAAUAUAUACUGGGGAUAGAUAUUCUUACAGGAAAGGCAUUCCAAACAAAACGGGGAACAUUUUCUUUUGGGAUUCGUAAUGUCAUGUGUAGAAUAGUAAAAGCAAUAGUAAGAGGAAAGGCAAAAUGGACCCCUUUAGAAAUUCCAGUCCCUGACACACCUGUAAAUUUAAAACAGUAUCGUUUGCCAGGAGGAUUGCAAGAAAUAGGAGAAACAGUGGAAGAGUUAUUGCGGGUAGGAAUUAUUCGACCUGCAGUUAGCCCUUUCAAUUCUCCAGUGUGGCCAGUCAGAAAACCGGACGGUUCAUGGAGAAUGACAAUCGAUUACAGAGGUCUAAAUGCUAAAGCACCGCAAUUGACUGCUGCAGUUCCUGAUAUUGUGACCAUCAUAGAAGACAUCAUGGCUAAUGCAGGAGAGUGGCAUGCUGUCAUAGACCUGGCUAAUGCAUUUUUCUCUAUUCCAAUUGCAACCCACAGUCAAGAUCAGUUUGCAUUUACAUGGAAGGACAGACAGUACACCUUUCAAGUACUGCCACAGGGAUACCUACACAGCCCUACUUUGUGCCAUGGACUUGUAGCAAGAGAUCUGUCUACCUGCUCAGAUUUGGAAAAGGUACGAUGUUUCCAUUAUGUGGACGAUAUAAUGUUAACUGGGGAUGAAGCAUCAGUAACAAAGGCAUUGUCAGUUUUAAUAUCCCACAUGGAGAACAGAGGCUGGGCUAUCAAUAAAGACAAAAUCCAAGGACCCGCCAGAGAAGUUAAAUUCCUGGGUAUGAUGUGGUUUGGACCAGAAAAACGAGUGCCAAAAGUAAUAGACUCUUUGCAGAAAUUAAAGGCACCAACUAACAAAAAAGAAGCUCAAUCCUUUGUGGGAUUAAUGGGCUUUUGGAGAGCAUUUGUGCCACAUUUGGGACUAAUUUUAAGACCUAUACAUGAUGUUGUCAAGAAAAAGGCACAGUUUGAAUGGACAGAAAAACAACAAGCUGCUUUUGAGGCAGCUAGAGAAGCUUUAGUCCAACACCAAGGACUGGGGCCUUUACAAGCUAAUUUGCCUUUUGAACUGGAAGCCACAGAACAGAAUAAUAUUGCCACGUGGAGCCUUUGGCAAAAACAUAAUCAAAAACGUGUGCCCAUCGGCUUCUGGAGUCGACAACUGACAGGCUCACAGACUAAAUAUACACCACUUGAAAAACAGCUUCUAACAGCAUACUGGGCUCUUUUACACACUGAAAGACAGACAGGUCCUGCUCCGGUAACGCUACGCACUCACUUGCCCAUUGCCGGGUGGGUGAGAGAUAAUGGCCUGGGAGCGAGAGCAGGCGCUGCCCAAAAUCAGACUUUAUGCAAGUGGAAAUGGUAUUUACAAGCCAGAGCUCAUGCAGGCAAAGACACGAGUGCCUUGCAGGGCGCUAUGGCCGGAGCUGUGAUUUAUGAGGAUCCAGAGGACAUACCACCUGUUGUGCCUGUAAUAGAGUCGCCCUUUAAAGAAGCCCCAGCAUACAGUCAUUUGACACCAGCGCAACAGGAGAACAGCUGGUUCACAGACGGUCAGCAACUAUGGACGGAGGUAAAAGGCUUUGGAGAGCAGUGGCUUAUCAACCUCACACUGAGACCAUCCUGA